AUGAAUCCCACAACCGACCAACUACCACCACCGCCACAACAGGCGUUGCCAUUACAGCCACCGAGAUCCUCCUUCAGCUGCGACCGCCAUCCCGAUGAGAACUUUUCUGGAUUCUGUCCAUCAUGUCUCUGCGAACGUCUCACCACUCUAGAUCAAUCAGCUAACGCCACCGCUGCCGCUUCCUCCUCCCGUCGUAAUUCCACCUCCUCCGCCACUGCUGCUGCUCUCAAAUCGAUAUUCAGAGUGCCUUCCUCUUCCAUCACUACCUUCGAAGCCUACAAAAACAAAACAGCAGCUACAGCUACAGCUUCAGGUUCAACCAGAACCUCAUUUUUCCCUGAGCUCCGCCGCACAAAGUCUUUUUCCGCCUCGAAAAACGAAGGAUUAGGAUUAUCUGCCGGCGUUUUCGAGCCUCAACGGAAAUCGUGCGACGUUAGGGGUCGUAGUAACACGCUCUGGACACUCUUCUCCAUCGACGACGAAAAUAAACCCAGGCAUUCCUCCGCUCAACAACAAGCCCUAGGAAACACUGGGACCCUCCUCGAGACCAACAAAGAAGACGACGACGAAGAAGAAGAAGAUCAAUUUCACAACGAAGAAAUUGAACUUGCUGAAGAGCAAGACGUGAGGAAUUUUAACGAUCCUGAGAACGACAUUGUGGAAGAAGUGUCUGAAAUUCAAGAAGAAGAAGAAGAGAAUGCAAGUGUGGACGAUUUGAAGACCAUGAAGGAUCACAUAGAUCUCGAUUCCCAGUCUAAGAAACCAUCAAUAUCAAAUUUCUGGUCAGCGGCGUCGGUUCUAAGCAAAAAAUGGCAAAAAUGGAGACGAAAGCAGAAGAAGAGCAGCAUCGACGGCAACGGCGUCCUGUCAUCGUCAACAUUGCCGGUAAAGAAGCCGAUGUCGCGUAAGUACCGCGAGACACAGUCCGAAAUCGCCGAUUACGGAUUCGGCCGGCGAUCCUGCGACGUCGAUCCCAGGUUUUCACUUGACGCGGGUCGGAUCUCGUUUGAUGACCCGAGAUACUCCUUCGACGAGCCUAGAGCUUCCUGGGACGGGUAUCUAAUCGGCCGGACUUUCCCACGGCUUCCUCCCAUGGUAGAAGAUGCACCUGUGGUGCAGAUACCACGUUCCGAUAUGCAAAUCUCCGUCGAAGAACCACCAACAAAUGUAGAUCUUCUUGUCCCCGGUGGAUCAAUCCAAACCCGAGAAUAUUACUCUGAUUCUUCCUCCAAGCGCAGGAAAAGCCUCGACAGGUCAAACUCCAUCCGGAAAAUGGCCGCCGCUGUAGUGGCGGAAAUGGACGAACCAAAAACAACCACCGUUCCAGUCUCAAACGCCAAAGUUUCUCCGGCAACCAUCGAUUACAACCAUGGUCAUGGCGCCUUAAAAAGAUUUCCAAGCAUCGGUGGUGAGCGAGAAUUAGCAAGGGAUUCAUAUUCAAAUUCCUUAAGAGACGAUUGCUCAGAGACAUUCGAAUUAGGGUUCAGAGACAACGGCGAGAAGAAGGAGGGCAAGAAACCAAGACGAUGGAGAUGGAAGUUAUGGGGGUUCAUCCACCGCCGUGGAGGAUCCAACAAAGACGACGACGACGACACUUUCAGCAGAGUAAAUGGCGUCGAAAGAUCAUACUCAGAAUCAUGGCAAGAUCGAACAGAAUCAAAAGGGGGAUUUAACAAAAAGAAACAUGCUUCGACUCUACUGAAACGUAAACAAGUAUGAUUGAUGGGAGAUUAAUGCUAAAAGAGUUAAAAAUCAUACUGAAAGUUGCAAGAAGACAAAGAUUAUUUAUGAAGAUGCUUUCCUAAGAAGGUAAUAAACUCACACAUGUACUACUCAUAAUGGAUCAUUGAGGUUGAUAAGAAAACACACAGGUGUGAAUUGUGAAUUGUGAAUUGUGAAAGGUAAAUGGUUUGAUCAAAAGAGGAAGGUGGUGUGCUAAAUUGGUAAAAAAGGAGAUUGCUUCUUUCAAACAAGGCUAGGAAUUUAGUUCACAUUUGACAGAAGUUUCACUUACUCGCUCUCGCGUGUAGUUUUUCGGAUCUUUCGAAAUGAUUUGUAACUUUGUAUUUGGCAAUGAGAAAUUU